AUGCCCAAAGUCAAAUCCACCAGCCGCACCAAAACAGCCCGCAAGGACCCGAUCAAACCAAAAGACAAGGAUCCCAAGAACUCACAUCUCUAUACCGACGACAACCCAUCGACAACGAUCCAAGGCACCGGCUUCAAGGACAAAGAGGCCGCGGAGCGGACAUUGAAGCUUAUUGAGAGAAGAUCCCUCAUCUAUCAAUUCCAGACCGUCAACACGAUGUACAACCGCGCCAAACACCAUCCCGCGAUGAAGAAAGCCGUCGAAGGCAGCGCGGGCACAGCCGACAUGCGCGCCGCGAUGGAGGUGUUCAGGGAGUGGCUGGACGUGACGUACCCGGCUGAGCGAGAAGCACUGCGAGCGGGUGGGUUCAAGCCGCUGCUCAGUAAGAAAGUCAUGCAGCGGUAUUUGGACCAGGUUGAAGGAAGCAAGGCGGUGGAUGGAGAGGCGAAGAAAUUUGCGAAAGUGUACUGCGAGUUGCCGCGAGGCAAGAAGCUGGGGAAUGUGCUGGUGGAUGAGAUUAAGCCUGCUGAUCUGGAUUGGGAGCGGAGGCGGUAUCAGGCGCUUGAUGCGCUGGUGCCGAAGGGGAGAGAGGAGGAUGCGGAUGUGUGGAAGUUGAGCGAGUUGUGGAAUGAUGAUCGGAGUGUGGCCGAGAAGCAUUUGCAGUUGAUUGCUUGGGGAUGGAGUCCGGCCUUCGUUUCCUCUGCCUUCCUGUGA